UUACAAUUACUAAAAAUCGUUUCGAACCACUCUUGGCCAGUGAUAAAAAAAUGUUGGUGCUCAAAGCCAUAUGUAUUCUAACAGUGAAUAUGUCUAUAUACACCUACAAAAAGCAUGACUCAAGAAAAUUCUCAGGUUAUGGAGUGGUAAGCAAUGAGGGUGGAAUCGUGCAGCAAGCCCAGCCCCCAGCUCCUUCCCCCACUCAGCCACAGUCAGGGGACCCGAGUGAAGGCCAGCCUGGCCCCACUCAAGCUCCCACCCCUCAGUCGCAGGCACAGACCCCCACCAUACAUUCUGAUGACACUGCUCGCCUUGAAAAAAGGAAAUUGAUACAACAACAACUGGUGCUGCUUCUCCAUGCAUACAAGUGUCAAUUCCUAGAGAGUCAGAAAAACAUCGAGGCAGGGCAGUGCAUGGUACCGCAGCAUUGCAUGCUGUUUAAGAACAUACUCAACCACUUGAUAGUAUGUAAGGAUGCCAACUCCUGUACCGUGCCUAACUGCUUGUCUUCUCGCCAAAUACUCUCGCAUUGGAAACAUUGCGUUUGGUCUGGUUGUCUUGUCUGCAUGCCGCUCAAGAUGAAUCGUAAUAAUCCUAAUGUGGCUUCGGACCAAGGAGAAACAGAUCAGCUGAACCAGUCUUCCUGGGACUUAAGUGAUGCAUUUGAUUCUCUUGGAAUCUAGUGAUCACCCACCGGCCAGAUGGUGCUGCUCAAGUGAAGCUGAGGAUGUCAGUACAUAUCCAGGGACAUAUCAAGUGCUGUUGUGACUUGUCAAAAACCCGGUAUGCUUAGUUCUUACAAUUGGAGGAACAAUUUGAUCUUCAAUAAUAUUUUAUUAUACUGUUUAACAUGGCUAAGUUAUAUAGAUCUAGAGUUUUUUCUAAAAUAAUAUAUGACCUUAAUCAUCUCUUUAGAAUAAGGCUAGAUUGAGAUUGAUUCAAAGUUUUAGGAUUAAUACCACAAGAAUUAAAGAAAAACAUUAAUCUGCACAAGGUCAACUUUUUAAUCAUGUAUUCUGUAAAUGGAUUAGAAGUCUUAUUACAAACAUGUAAAAAGUUUUGUUACAUAUAAAAUAUAUUAACCUCAUAUGUCCAUUUUCCUAGUUUAAAAUAUAUCUUUUAAAUAUAAUUUUCUUCAUAGUAUAAAAUUGUGUAUUGCUAAUAAUACCUAAUAAGUAAUAUAACUCUUAAUCAUAUAUUUUUAUUUUAUUUUUUGACUCUACUUAUUUUUAGUUACUUAUAUUGUAUUGAAAUUAGAAAAGAGGACUACUUCUAAUAUCUCUAGAUAUACAUUAUGUUGUACAUACUAGAGUGAUGUUUAUUGAAUUGUAACCAAGUAACUAUUUAAAUAUUUGUUGAAAGAGAAUUUAUUUUCCUGCAAUUGGUUGCACUGCUGGUGAUAAACGAAGUCCUUUGUUGCUGUGUAUGUUACUCUUCUCAAACAAUGUAAAGACUGUGUUUAUUCAUCAGAUUUUUAAAUUGUCUUAUGAGUAAUGUGUAUUAUGGUGCAGCGAAAAAAGGCAGUAAAGAGCUUGGUGUUUCCAUCAGUGGUGCUCCAAACAACGAGAUGGGUAACAUUCCUUUGCUCAGAAUACAAAUAACAAUUUUUUUAUUACACUGUGUGCAUCCAAAUAAAAAAUAACAUACCAACAUUGUUUUUGGAUAAUAAGUUUUUCUCCACAUAAUCUUCUAAAGGUAAUACACAAUAAACUACUUUUAUUAUAAAGAUAGGUACUUUUAUACUUUUGAUACUUUUAUACUUUUUAUACUUUUGAUACUUUUAUUUUAAAUACAAUUAUGUAUAUUAUUGUACAUUAUGUACUAUUAUUAAAUUAUAUUAUGUACAUUUUCAAUUGCCGAUGUGUGCAUCACAUUUGUCUAACAGCAGUAUUGCUGGGUAUGCCGUGUCAGUCUUAUGUGAAUGACAGUGUUUUUCCACACAAGCAGCAUUAUAAAUGCUAGUUGUUCUGCUCACACCAAAUUUAGUUUUAGAGGUUAUAUGGAACAAAAAAAUGUCACUUAAAUUGAAUUAGUUGUAACAUGAAUAAUCUUAUUAUACAGUCAGCUGAUGUCAGUCAUUAUUGUCUGGCACAUUUGUAGUUCAUUCAUCAGCUGGCCACUGCAAUGGAUGUUUGCUGUUAUUUGUUUGAGUUGUGUUUUAAAGGUUAACUGAGUGUGUGUGUUUUGUUUAGUCAUUCAUAAUUAACCCUUUAACUGCUGCGUUCCUGGAUUCGCCUGACACCCGAGUGCCGAGCUAAGUGACAUACCAAGUCCUUCCAGCACAGAGUACUUUUCCCAUUUUUAGAUAUUUUUGACAUAACACGUUAUUUAAAGUUUAGUAAAUAAUUAACAAUGUACCAACAUCUCAAAUAAUGUCAGCCGAGAGUUGUUAAUAUAGAUAAUUAUUAUUAUCAAUAUCACACAACUGUCUACGAAUAAACAACGCAAAACACAUAGUAACAUAUCAAUGUAACCAUUCCCGAUCUCGUGUAAGAUACAAAGCACGUGGCGUCCCAAGUAUUUUUAGUAAUGUCCACAAGAUGACACCACCAACUGGACAGCUAUCUUCUUAACAUUUAUAACAUAAUAGAACACCAAGUAACACAAUAUAACAGCUAAUACAAUGAAAAUAAAACUGCUGACAUUAUGAAAACGAGUAUACUCGGGCGUUGUGGUUGUUCAUAAAACUGCAGUUGCACAAUAUAUAUCUGGCGUCGCAGUUAUAGGGUUAAAAAGUUUGUAGUUGUUUACGUUUUACAUUGGUUUAAGUUUAAUACAUUUUGAAACAUCGAUGAAAAAUAACGACAAUGUAUUCAGUCAUUUCUUGAAUUAUCAAGUGAACCAAAUCAGGUUCCAGGUUCUGAAAUUGAUCCUGAAUAUUUCUUAUCAGAUAUCAACUUUAAGGGUUAUAAUUCUCAGUCUGAUUCAGCCAAUGAAAUAGAUGGAGAUGAAAUGAUUUAAUGUCUCAUGGUCAGUAAAGCUGUAAAAAGCAUUAGUUCAUUUCAAAAAGGAGUUAUAAAAGUACUACAUUUACAACUGACAUGCAAAUAAGAAAACAAGUUGUUAGUCAUAUAUGACUGACACGGCAUUUUAAUGAAAAACAAUUAACAACGCACAACACAUUGUAACAUUGUAUAUUGUUACUAUAUAUAUUGACGACAAUUGUAUAUUGCAUAUACAAGGAUAAUAUUUUUUUGGGGAUGGCCUGAGUGAAAAAUUAUUGUCUGUCCUUUAUGACUAACAUGACGUUUUAGUGUUAUAUAUGUAUUUUUAUGCCUAGUUUAUAAAUAUCGAAUGAGUUGUUCCAAAGUUUAAUCAUAUUCUAAAAUACAAUAAUUUAAAACAAAUGCAUUGUUAUUAAGAUUAAAAAAUGUAAGAACAACCAUUUAUACUUUAGAACAGUUAUUUGAUAAAUGUAUGAAAAUGUUGUGUGAUCAUGUUAAAUAUAUUCAUUCAUUUCAAUAAAUAAUUAAAACUAAA